AUGCUGCUGCAGUUCGAAAAAUGUUUGAAAAGAAUAAACAUUUUCUUAAAAUUAAUAGGUUUGACUUUGGACAGUGCUGAUAGUAAUAGAACUAUGGUGCAACGUUUGAGAAGGCACUGGAGGUGUUCAGUACACAUGCUGUCGCUAGACAUUGCCGUUUUUGGUGAAACCAUAUGGUUGAUUAUAGGUCUAGUCCUUGGCGCCAGUCUAUGGGAAAUUACUUACUUACUCCCCUGCCUCACGCUUUGUCUACUGGGAAAUUUCAAAGUUUACUACUUUAUCCGUCACUUGCAACAUGUAAACGAAGCGGCCAUGAUAUUAAGGAACUUGCAAAGUAAUGGAAAGCAUAAUGAAGAAAUUGAACGCGAAAUGAACAACUGGCUGACUUUUCUAUCAUCAGUAACUAAGCUACUUCUAACGUUGACUACUCUGGGAGUUCUUGCGUUUGCACUUGGACCCUUUUUGAUCACUGGUUCUUACUAUUUGAGUACAGGUGAAAUUAAACUCGUUUUGCCUUUUCUUAUAUGGUAUCCCUUUGAUGAGUUUGAUAUAAGAAUCUGGCCAGUUGUGUAUCUGCAUCAACUAUGGGCUGCCUGGGUAUGCGUUUUCUCCGUUUACGGACCGGAUUGUUUCUUCUUUACUUGUUGUACAUUUAUUCACAUUCAAUUUCGGAUUCUACAAGACAAUUUAAAGGAGAUAGUCAAAGUGGAUGCAAGGAAUCGACCAGAUGUUACAACUAAAACAUUUAAGGCGGAGUUGGUGCAACUUGUUAACGAUCAUCGAGAACUGAUACGAUGCGUGAAUUUAUUGGAGAUCACAUAUUCUCGAUCAACUUUAUUUAACGUUGUCACUAGUUCCCUGAUCAUUUGUGCUACUGGAUUUAAUUUGAUGGUUAUCGAAAACCUAGCUGUAAUGGCGCCUUUCACCUCGUUCCUCACAUUUGGUUUGCUCCAAGUGUUCUUCUAUUGUUACUACGGCGAUUACGUGAUGAGAUCUAGCAUUGGAGUAGGCGAUGCUGUUUACAACAGUCGCUGGUACGAAACAGGAGCGCCUGAGAGAAAAUAUCUUUUGAUUGUUUUACUUCGGUCUCAAAAGCCAUGCAGGUUAUCAGCUUACGGGUUCACCGAUAUUAAUUUAACAGCAUUUACUCGGAUAUUGAGUACUUCUUGGUCUUACUUUGCUCUACUCAGACAGAUGUACCACAAAUAAUCGUUGAGCACAAC